AUGCAAAAUCAAUCAAAUAAUAUACUUUCUGGUACUGUUCAAAAUACUAUAUCACCAAGUGAAGCACUUUUUUUACUUAAUCGUGAUGUAGCAGCUAAUCAAUUACAAACAUAUCGUUCAAAUAAUGAACCUAUUCUUAUGACUAGUUUAUCAGGUAUGCCUAUUGGUGAUAAAGUUUAUUCAUUAACAGCUGGUUCACGUGGUCCAAUUCUUUUACAAGAUACAUAUUUACUUGAUGAAUUAGGUCAAUUUAAUGAAGAAAAGAUUCCUGAACGAUGUUCAUAUGGAAAAGGUUCAGGUGCAUUUGGAUUUUUUCAAUGUACAACAGAUAUUGGUUCAACAUUAACACGAGCACAUUUUCUUGAUACACGAAAUAAACAAACACCAAUAGCAAUAAGAUUUUCACGUUUUCGUAGUGAAUUAGGAAGUUCAGAUACUAUACGUGAUAUACGUGGUAUGGCGAUUAAAUUUUAUACUGAUUGCGGAAAUUUUGAUUUAAUUUGUAAUCAUUUACCGGUUUUCUUUAUUCGUGAUCCAAUUCUCUAUCCAUCACUUGUACAUUCACAAAAACGAAAUCCUGUUACUAAUCUUUUUGAUUAUGAUGCCUAUUGGGAUUUUUUAACAUUAAGACCAGAAACUACACAUUGUCUUGUAAACGAUUAUUAUAUAUUAUCAACGCCAGUUUUGCAAAAUAUGAAAGAUAAUGAAGAACAUAAUUUAAAAACACCAUUAGAUGCAGCCGAUUACAAUGAUUUAGUCAAUCAGCCAUGUUCCAAUGGAUCUGAUUCUCAUAACAGUGCAACAGAUAGUGCACAUGAAAACACUGAACAAUCCACUGAAAACUGCGCUAAUUUUUUAGUUGACUCAUCGGUUAACAAUGAACAAAAUUCAGCAACAGCAACAAUUAUUCGAACCGAAAUUUUGGCAUUUGACAAUGCUCAAAUUGAAUGUACAAUGGUAUUCAAAGGUCCUGACGGAUGUUUUUAUCUUGCUCCUUAUACAUUCGUUCGUAGUGUUAAUGAAAAUUUUAAUUUUGAAAAUCCUUCUAUCUUCAAUUUGGAAAACGAGGGAAUUAUCAACAAUGAACUUUUUCCGUAA